UUCUCUCUUCUCUGUCGCAGUGUUUGCAGAGAUUUCUUCUGGUUUCGAUUCUCUGAGCCAUGACAGACGGCCAUCUCUUCAACAACAUCUCUAUCGGAGGCCGCGGAGGCACUAAUCCUGGGCAGCUUAAAAUAUUUUCUGGAGGGAUUUUGUGGAAGAAACAAGGAGGUGGUAAAGCAAUUGAAGUUGAUAAGGCUGACAUCGUGGGGGUAACAUGGAUGAAGGUCCCGAGAACAAAUCAACUUGGGGUUCGGAUCAAAGAUGGUUUGUACUACAAGUUUACUGGGUUUCGUGACCAGGAUGUCUCUAGUUUGUCCACCUAUUUCCAAAAUACUUGUGGGAUUACUCCAGAGGAGAAGCAACUCUCUGUAAGCGGCCGUAACUGGGGAGAAGUUGAUUUAAAUGGGAAUAUGCUUACAUUUUUGGCUGGUUCCAAGCAAGCAUUUGAGGUAUCUUUGGCAGAUGUAUCGCAAACACAACUUCAGGGAAAAAAUGAUGUCAUCUUGGAGUUUCAUGUGGAUGAUACAACUGGAGCCAACGAGAAAGAUUCGUUGAUGGAGAUAAGUUUUCACAUUCCCAACUCCAACACUCAAUUUGUUGGUGAUGAAAGCCGUCCUCCUGCCCAGGUUUUUCGUGACAAAAUUAUGUCGAUGGCAGAUGUUGGUGCCGGAGGUGAAGAAGCUGUUGUUACUUUUGAGGGUAUUGCUAUCCUUACGCCAAGGGGGCGCUACAGUGUGGAACUUCAUCUUUCAUUCUUGAGGCUACAAGGACAGGCUAAUGAUUUCAAAAUUCAGUACAGUAGUGUUGUUCGCCUGUUUUUACUUCCCAAGUAUAACCAGCCACAUACCUUUGUUGUUGUUACUCUAGAUCCUCCUAUCCGUAAAGGCCAAACUUUGUAUCCACAUGUUGUAUUGCAGUUUGAAACUGACUACAUAAUCCAGAGCGAUCUGUCAAUAAGUGAAGAUCUGUUGAGCACCAAAUAUAAGGACAAGUUAGAACCAUCUUAUAAGGGACUUAUUCAUGAGGUGUUCACCACAAUAUUGCGUGGUUUAUCCAGUGCUAAAGUUACUAAACCAGGAAAAUUCCGUAGUUGUCAGGAUGGAUAUGCAGUGAAAUCAUCACUGAAAGCUGAAGAUGGGGUCCUGUAUCCCCUUGAAAAGAGCUUCUUUUUUCUGCCUAAACCUCCCACCCUUAUUCUUCAUGAGGAGAUUGACUAUGUGGAAUUUCAGAGGCAUGCUGCUGGUGGCUCAAAUAUGCAUUACUUUGAUCUUCUUAUCAGACUUAAAACUGAGCAAGAGCAUCUUUUCCGAAAUAUUCAGAGGAACGAGUACCAUAAUCUUUUUGACUUCAUCAGUGGAAAAGGUUUGAAAAUUAUGAAUUUGGGAGAUCUCAAGACUACAGAGGGCGUUGCAUCUGUUCUUCAAGAUGAGGAUGAUGAUGCCGUUGAUCCGCAUCUUGUUCGUGUUAAGAAUGAAGCUGGUGGAGAUGAGAGUGACGAAGAGGAUGAAGAUUUUGUUGUCGACAAGGACGAUGAAGGUUCCCCGACUGAUGAUUCUGGGGAGGAAGAAUCCGAUGCCAGUGAAAGUGGAGAAGAAAAAGAGAAGCCUGCCAAAAAGGAUUCCAAAAAAGAACCAACCGCUUCCAAGGCAUCUUCUUCCAAGAAGAAAUCUAAAGAUGGAGAUGAAGAUGGUGGUUCAAAGAAGAAAAAACAGAAAAAGAAAAAGGAUCCCAACGCCCCAAAAAGAGCUAUGUCUGGUUUCAUGUUCUUCUCACAAAUGGAUAGGGAGAAUGUGAAGAAGAGUAAUCCUGGAAUUUCAUUCACAGAAGUGGGAAGAGUCCUCGGAGAUAAAUGGAAAAAGAUGUCAGUGGAGGAGAAAGAGCCCUAUGAAGCUAAGGCUCAACAAGAUAAAAAACGCUACAAGGAGGAAAUUAGUGGUUACAAGAAACCCACAACCAAUCAGAGUAUGGACUCGGGGAAUGAAUCGGAUAGCGAAUAGAAUCAUAGCAGAAAGGAAAUUCCUCGAGCUUUUUGUUCAAGUGUCAUCUCUCACCGUCUCUCAUCUCUAGGGUUUUCUUUUUUGGGGUUAGA